AAGAUGGCGGCCAAGGAGGGCGAGAUAGUGGAUGGGGGCAAGAUGACGAUUGAGAGAGACAAGAUGGCGGCCAAGGAGGGCAAGAUGGCGGAUGAGGGAGACAAGAUGGCAGACGGGGGCAAGAUGGCGGCCAAGGAGGGCAAGAUGGUGGAUGGGGGCAAGAUGGCGGUUGAGGGAGACAAGAUGGCGGCCAAGGAGGGCAAGAUGGCGAUUGAGGGGGACGAGAUGUUAACCAAAGGCAAGAUGGCGGCUGGGGACAAGAGAGCGGCCGAGGGCAAGAUGGCGGUUGAGGGGGACAAGAUGGAGGCCGAGGUGGGGGAGAUGGCGGUUGAGGGAGACAAGAUGGCGGAUGGGGACAAGAUGGCGGCCAAGGACAUCGAGGUGGAGGCUGGGAACAAGAUGGUGGCUGAAGGGGAGAAGAUGGCGGCCAAAAGGGACGUCACGAUGGCGGACCGGGAGGACUGGAUGGUGGACAAGGACUGCAAGAUGGCGGCCAAGGAGGACUGUGUGGUAGCCAAGGAGGGCUCCAAGAUGGCGGCCAAGGAGGACUCCAAGAUGGCGGCCCAGGAGGACUCCAAGAUGGUGACCAAGGAGGGCUUCAAGAUGGCGGCCCAGGAGGACAUCGUGGCAGUGGCUGAGGAUGGGAUGGCGGUUGGGGACAAGAUGGCGGCCCAGGGGGACGUCGGGAUAACGGCGGAGGAGGACGAGGUGGCGGCCCACCAGGACAAGAUGGCGGCCAGAGGUGUCAGGGUGGGGGCCCAGGAGGGCGUCAAGAUGGCGGCCGAGGAGGACGGCAAGAUGGCGGAGGAGGAGGCCAAGAUGGCGGCCCAGUGAGUUCCCCUGUCCCCUCCCCUGCUCCCAUGUUUUCCCCGUGACGUCACACCAUUGGCCCAGCCUGGUGACAUCAUCACGCCGUGCCCCAAUCACAUGACAUCACUGCUCAUUGCCCCUUGUGACAUCACCACCCCGUGCCC